AUGAAGGAACAGUCGAAAAAUCAACGAUGUACUGAAAAACGGAUUGGAAUCGAAAUUGACCAAUUAUCAAAUUCUUCAGACACUAGACCCCUGAAAAGGAGUCGACUAGAAUCAACUGUUGACAGCCAUUUACUGUCUUUAACAAUUGCCAAUGAUCCCUCAACGCGUGGGCCACCUAUAAUUAGCAAUUUACCACUGCUACACUACAAUAAUUACAAUCCAGUCUUCAAUAAAGUUUAUUCGAUCGGUUCCGUGACAUCACAAUUCACACCAACUUCACGGACUACUUCAGUUUUGCCUACUGCACAAAUUCCUGCUCCGGUUAGUAGUUCUUCCAAACAGAAAGAGAUUGUCGACUUAACAAGCGAUAACAGUGAUGACGAUUGUGUAAUUGACGAAGAAGAGACGAAUAGAAAUUUGUGCUGGGGAAUGAUCAAAUCCCUAGUAUUGGUUUUAUACCCAAGGCCUUCGUGUAAUGGUCAAGAUGAAGAAGUAGUAGAAUUGAAAAGAGAAGGUACCAGGUUAAAGAACCAAGCUGUAAUACGAGUUACCAAAAAUGGUGAAUCAUUUGGUGUAGUUGAACAAGAGCUGGCUAAUGUUCUAGCCCCAUUAAUGGACGAAAACCUAAUGUGGACAGAAGCUUCUAUCCCAAAAAAUUUGUCAUCAUCAGAAAUGAUGAUACCUCUACAUAUCGUCUUAUAUGGGCGUCCUGGAAAUACAGAGAUUGUAAGCACACACUUGGCUGAAAGAAAUGUGCGCCUAACCGAUCCUAUUAUUUACAAUGUCGCGACGCGUUAUUCGAAUCCACACAAUUUGCUACAUGGUAGCAUUUCUCAAUUGAGUAAAAACGUCAAUAAUUCUUAUAGAAGUUAUCAAGAAACUUAUAGAAAUACAACCACAAGGUCCCCUGAAGAAAUGAAAAAUCAAAUUGAUAAAGUAUUUAAUUCCUUAAUGAAUGCUGAAAAUAUUCCAGAAGCACAGCCUGAUCCGCGCCUUAUUACGCCGUUAUACAAACAUCAAAAACAAGCUCUUUAUUUCCUUUUAGAACGUGAAAAAUACAAUGACUUUACUAACGAUGAAACUAACGCAUUGACAUCUCUCUGGCGCACGGGAACAAGUGCUGGGCGUCACACUGUUUACUAUAAUGUUAUUACAAAUAAAGAAACAAAUGAAAAACCCCAAAUGAGGGGUGGGAUUGUAGCAGAUGAUAUGGGGCUUGGUAAAACAAUACAAAUAAUCGCAUUGAUACUUAGUACUCAAAGUGAAGCACACAGUUUCUGUCAGAAUUCUGACGAGGCAUGUCCUUCGAAUGCCAUGAUCGAAACUUCAAAAUUUGGUGCACAUUUAAGUGACAGUCUCGCAAGUAAAUCUCUCACAUUUUCUAAGCAGGAUCCUUUGAUAAGAUCAAGAGGAACUUUAAUAGUAUGUCCUCUUUCAACUGUAUCAAAUUGGGAAGAACAACUUUCUAGUCACGUUCAAGAAGGUGCAUUGAGUUUAUAUGUAUACCAUGGAGGGGCUCGAAUUUCAGAUCCUUCUCUUUUAGUGAACUACGACGUUGUGAUAACGACGUACAAUGUCUCUGGAACAGAGUACAGCAAACAGUCAAGGGAAAAUUGCUCUAUACCUAGUGCAUUGCAGAAGAUCCAUUGGUUCCGCAUUGUGUUGGAUGAAGCGCACAUUAUUAAGGAUGUUAAUACAGUGCAGAGUAAGGCUGCAUAUUCUUUGGAGGCAGAGCGUCGAUGGUGCUUAACUGGGACACCUAUUCAAAAUAGAGUUGAUGAUCUUUAUGCUCUUAUCAAAUUUCUUCAUAUGCAUCCUUUUGAUGAAAGAGAUAAUUGGAAUAAAUACAUAUCACGCCCUAUAAAGUCAAUCGAUUUUGUUGGCAUAAGUCGCCUGCAGAUUUUAAUGAAAUGCAUCACCCUUCGCAGAACAAAAUCACAUAAUGGAAAACCCCUGCUAUCUUUGCCACCUCGUAAUGAUUGUAUACGAUAUCUUGAACUUAACGAGUAUGAGCGUAAAUUGUAUGAUAAAAUACGUUGCUCUCAAGCAGAGCAGUUUAGGAGAUUAGAAGAACAAAAUAAUAUUAUGCAACAUUACGUGAACAUUUUACAGUCUUUUUUAAGAUUGCGCCAAAUUUGCGCACAUUUUGCUUUAAUCAAAGAGACAGAGCUACAGGAUGAUUUUGAAGACAAAACUGUUAAUGAUGGCUUAACCCCUAAAAGAGGAAUGAUGUUGCUUAACCUUAUCCGAGAAAGCGGCAUGGAUCAGUGCGGUUCUUGUAUGCAGGAAUUAGCGCAGACUUCCAUCGUGACGAAAUGCGAACAUUUUUUUUGUAUGGAAUGUGCAACAAGGGUGAUGGGUGAUAUAUUAGUCUCAAUAAAUUCAAUAACAAAUUCAUGUAAAUCGCCCGCAUUUGUUGCUUGUCCUUCGUGCGGAUUCACUUUAGGAACAUCGGACGUCCUUGAGGUCAAUGAUUCAAAAAAUUUCGAGAAUAAUUGUCGAUUAAAAACAAAUAGAGAAAAGAAUGUGCAUAGUACUAAAGUAGAAGCUUUAGUCACUGACUUAUUGCAAGCAAAGGUCGAUGGUAUAAAAAGCGUUGUAUUCUCACAAUGGACAAGGAUGUUGGAUUUGAUUGAGGAUGCUUUGAAUGAAAAAAACAUUCUUUUUACGCGUCUGGAUGGUACGAUGACUCGAGCUGAGCGUACGCAGAAUAUGGACAUUUUUAAGCAGGAAAAUGACGUGAGCGUCAUACUCGUUUCAUUAAAGGCUGGUGGUGUUGGGAAUCCAUCAGUAGAAAAUCAAGCGAUUGAUAGAAUUCACCGACUGGGACAAACCUCUGCUGUAGAUACUAUUAGAUUUAUUAUUCGGGAUUCCGUGGAAGAACGUAUUUUAGAAAUGCAACGUCGCAAAUUAGAACUUGCAGAGUUAACGUUAUCCAAAAAAUUGAGUAAACAAGAAAUCGCAAAACGUAGAUUAGAGGAUUUGAAAAUGUUGUUCAAAUGA